UUAAGGUUAGCUUUUGACUUGUGAAGUUAUAUUUAAAAGGGGAGAGUAUGAAAAGGGGCAUUCAUGUGGGCCCCACAAAAUUAUACAUUGUUGAUGAUGGGCACCUAAUAAGAUGUCUAGAUCUGAUGACGGUAGCUAGGCCCCACAAAAUGUUACACUGUUGAUGAGCAAGAAAAUCUAAUUUGGGCCAAAAGCAUGCUCAAUUACAAAAGGUUUUUGAUUUUUUUUUUUUCUUUUCUGCAGGAAUUGUAUGAAAAAAUGGUCAAUCGGGUCGAAACCAUAAUUAAGCUGGGUUUGGUCCCGGAAGAAAUCAGAACUGAGCACAAAGGAUUCUCUGAGUGGAAUUCGGUGGUAACUACGCGCAAUCAUCAGGCCAUUCUUCAGAUAUUAAUUGACAGGGGAGACCCGAAUGCUGUGGACAUGGAAGGAUCGGCAUUGCCAACACUCGUGUACAUGUCACGUGAGAAGAGACCUCAACACCACCACAACUUCAAAGCUGGUGCUUUGAACGCAUUGCUGGAAUUUCAUGGUAUGGAUGGUCAUGGAGGGCCUCCGUACAUUGGGACUGGAUGCUUUGUUAGGAGGGAGAGUCUAUGUGGAAAGAAGUAUAGUGAGGAAUGCAAGGGGGAAUGGCAGAAAGGAAUGGAAGAGCGAGCAAAGGGAAGUGCAAUCGAGUUGGAGGAGAGAGCAAAAGGUCUUGCUAGUUGCACUUCUGAGGAUAAUACUCAAUGGGGAAAAGAGAUGGGAUUGAAGUAUGGGUGUCCAGUGGAGGAUGUGAUAACAGGCUUGGCAAUUCAAUGUAGGGGGUGGAAAUCUAUAUAUCUCAACCCAACAAGGAAAGCAUUCUUGGGUGUUGCACCUACAACCUUAUUACAAUCAUUGGUGCAACAUAAGAGAUGGGCAGAAGUCCACCUUCAAAUAUUCCUCACUAAGCAUUGUCCCUUCAUACAAGGGCAUCUUAAGAUAAAGCUAGGACUUCAAAUGGGCUAUGCUGCUGGCAAUGCGUGGGCUCUCAAUGCCUUCCCUACACUAUUUUAUGCUUUUGUCCCAUCCUUUGGGCUUCUCAAUGGCAUUUCCUUGUUCCCAAGGAUCUCAAGCCCAUGGUUCGUACCAUUUGCCUAUGUAACCAUUGCAAAGCAGGCAUACAGCCUAGGUGAGGGGCUAUGGUUGGGAGAGACAGUCGAGUCAUGGUGGAACCAACAGCGGAUUUGGCUCUAUAAAAGGACCGCAUCCUACUUAUUCGCCACCAUUGAUGCAGCACUUAAGUUAUUAGGGCUUGGCAAGUCAACAUUCGUGAUCACGGCCAAGGCAACUGAUGCAGAGGUGGCCAAGAGGUAUGAUGAAGAGAUCAUGGAGUUUGGUUCCCCUUCUCCCAUGUUCACUGUCCUAGCCACAUUGGUAAUGGCUAACCUAUUGUGUCUAGUUGGUGCAAUCAAGAGGGUGGCCAUAGGUGACGAAGCCGGAGAUGUCGAGGCAUUGGUGUUGCAGUUUGUUCUAUGUGGGGUGUUGGUCAUCAUCAACUGGCCCAUCUAUCAAGGGCUCUUCUUGCGCAAGGACAUGGGCCGCCUGCCAACCUCAGUUGCACUUACAUCGACCGGUUUGGCUGUUUUGGCCUGUCUAAUUCCCAUGCAUUAGAGCAUAGGUCGCACAUACAACAUUCACGAAUUUGAUGCAGACACCAAAGCCAUAGAUCCCAUUUUCCAUUUAUCAUUUUUUGUGUAGUGGAAUG